GCCAGAGAAUUUGCUCAUCCUCCCUUUUACUUGCCUAUUCACGCUGUUUUCGCCUCCUCUUUCCAUCCCCUUCUCUCCAUAUAAUGUGUGUCCAGGCCGUAAGCACAGAAUCACCUCCCCCUCCCCCCUGCAUCACCCCAAGGAGCAGGGUUUGGCUGCAGUAGACUCCACCGGGCGGAAGGGGCACAGCUCCAAGCAGAAGAGGAAAAGCAGGUCUUCGAAUGGACGUGAGAGAGGGAAAGGGACGGAAAGGAGAAGGAGAAGACGGGGCACAGAGGGAGGAGGACGCUCAGAUUUACAAAGCCCUAUCUCUGAGCGAGGAGCGAGGUCUCGGGAAGCCGGUGACAGGAGGAGGAGAAAUAGAGGGUCUCAGAGUUAUGUUGAUAGUGAGACGGAAAGCGGGACAGUGAGAGGAAGGAAAAGGGAGAGGGAGAGAGGGAGGAGCAAAAGCAGAGAGAGGAAAAGUAGAAGUGAGGAGAGGGUGGGGAGGGCAGAGGGGAAAGAGCCUGAUCAAGAGGAAGAGCAGGAGGUACCUGCUGUUGAGGAGAGGGUGGAAGAAAGGAUGGAGGAGGUGGAGGAGAGAGUCAUUUCAGAGAGAGAAGAAAGUGAAGAGGAUGUUUUCCUACCCAUUCCAAGUCCUAACCAAAAGCUUCCCAGACCCAAACAAAACUGGGAGGUGGAGUAUGAUGAAAACUGGGGCAUGGCAGCAGAGUACAGGGAACUGAGGAAAGAGAAGGAGCUGGAGAUUGAGCAGGAGAGGUCAUGGGAUGAUGACAAGGGUAGAAAUAGAGAGACAGAGCUGAAUGGGGAUCAGAGAGACGACGAUGCACAGAGCAGGCAUGUCGAGAGGCGUUUAGCAAGCGUUGCUGUGAUAGAUCGGGUGUCACAGAUAAAGCCCUUCUCCUUUCUCACCUCCACGCUGUCCGUCGAGCAGCUGGGGGACGAUGAGUCAGAGUCUGGAGGCAGCCAAUCUGACGACAGCGUGUCUGCUGCCAGCAUCUCAGGCCUUUCUCUGGCCACCACAGAAGCUGGCGGGCGCGGGAGCGAGGUGCUGCCGGGCCCUUGGCUCACACCCAGCCAGCAGAGGGUGGCUCAGGUCGUAGAGGGGAACAGGCACCCCGGGAGGUGGACAGGGCAGGGAGGAGGAAGAAGUGCUGUCUCUUGACUUUUAACUGGAAGUAGAGCAUGCAGCAGCUGAAUGAUACUGUAUCAGAUUCUGUCAGUCUCACACUGUUUUCUGCAGCUACCCACACUACCAACAUUUUCUCUCAGUCACUUUGAUAUCUACAGUAGUAUGAAGUCAUAUUCUUUGUGCCUUUUUACAGCAGACCUCUGGCUGAUGUUAAAUGUGUAUCACAUUUUAACUUGUAAAUGACACCAACAUGGUAAAGAUAUGUCUGUUUUUCUGGUGAACAACAAAGACAUUGGGGGAGGGGGGUUCUGAGGCACUGUUGCUCUCAUUAUGUUUCACUCCUCUCCUUACAUUUGCAGCAUUUGUGAAAGAUGUCUCCAGGACAACAAGGUGUUUCAGACACAUUGGUUUAACCGACUUCCUAUCUCUCACUCACCUCUCUGCUAAAGUAGCUUGAAGACAGAGAUGCAGAGUGUCCUCUCUGAAGUACCCCCUACUGUACAAAGACUGCACCGACGUUCACUUAUACCUCAUGAAUAUACUGAGCAAUAAUAAUGCAACUGUCUGAGACUAUCGGCCAUCCAUUUCCACUGCGCCACGUCGAUCUGGCCUGAGAGGAAACAGUGUAACAUGUUUGUACAAUAUCCUCUUUGUUUUAUGUGGCCUCGACUUGUAAUGUUGUUCCAUAUAACUGAAUAGUUGAUUGUGAUAAUGCAAAUCUCCUUUGACAGCAGGUGUGAAAUCAAUAUUCUGUAAAUAUUUGUAGAGAAAUAAAUGACAGAACUUAUUGUAAAUACUAUACUAACUGGAGCCAAGCCCUGAUUUGUAUUACUGUAUUGUAAUACAUUAUAAGUGUGUGUGUGUGUGUGUGUGUGUGUGUAUAUAUAUGUGUAUAUAUAUAUAUAUGUAUAUAUAUAUAUAUAUAUAUAUAUAUAUAUAUAUGAAAAAAAUAUAUAUGAAUAUAUGCAGUAUAUCUAUAUAUUACAUACAACAGCUACCCAUUCAUACUAUUUAUUAUUGUGAUGAGAAAUUACGUAAAAAUUUGUAUAUUGCUUUCGUGAAGAGACACAGACUAGGAACUAUAUUGUACCUGUCCUAUUGAUAAAUGAAUGUUUUGUAAUAUGCUGCUUGAGUGUGGAUAAGGAUACUCUAUGUUGUACCCUCCUUCAGAAGUCAGCAAAAGAUGCCAAAAAUAUGCAUCUGCUGUGCAUAUUUCAAGUACUGUUAAUAUUGUGUAUGUGGGGUCAGAAUAAAACCACUAUCUAGAUUCUAGAGAGUGCUGUGCACAUCGUGCCACGUACAGUUGCCUUGGUAACAUAAACCACUUUAUCCUAACCACUGAUUUUUCUUACUGUGAAAACCCUUUGCUCUGAGGUCUCUAAUAUGAGAGAGGGGUGGGCCAUUUAGUCAUUUCAGUCAUGCCAAAAAAGGCACUUACUGUAAAUCCACAAAAAUUAUAAUCAUAAGCCUCCGCGGAAUCUGAGGUCAGUGUUGCGUCUAAGAUGGCACAUCAUUAUUGUUUUGCUCUCUUUUAAAAAAAUUCUGUUAUGAAAAAAAAAACCCAAGCUGAAUGGAUACUGUGAGAUGUUAUUUUUCUAUGAAAUUAUCUUUUUUGAAAUACUCAGGUUUUCAGAUACUUUGCUCUAGAUAAGCCAUUAGGAAGAAAAGCUACAAAGUGACUUCACACCAUUUUCACACCACAGAGUGGAUUCAUAUUAUUUAAAUGUUAAAGCUAUGUUAUGUAUGAUUCUUUGUGGCAGCAUUACGAGACGCAGACUGUUAAAGCUGUUCAUUACCAGCCCAUCAUUAUCUAAAGAUUGAAGUGAAGUAAUUCUUUCAUUUGUACCCAUUUUAAGCAAACCACAGAACUGAAAUGAAUUGCUCGGUGCACCCUGCCCAUUUGUUUUUUUAUUGUUGUGCAGAAAUGGCAGUACAGUGACCAAACCAACAUACUGUAUUCCCCAACCAAUGACCAUACAGAGUAGCUUGAUAGCCUCUAUGUAAGACUUAUUUUAUAACGUUUGCUAAUAUUUUUUUUUUAGAAUUUCAUUUCCUAAGGGGGAUUAUAUGGCUGAACUGUAAACACGUUCUAAUAAAACUCCAAAUAAACUGCUGAACCAAUUUC